CCUUACUCCUUAAGUGUGAACAGAUUCUGAAACAUGAGACUACUGAGAUCCAUCAUUUACCCAACUUGUCAGGCUGAUUGCCAAAAAUGGCUGUGCAAAUGGUUUAACAGACACAGAGUGUCUCUAAAUGACACUGAUUCAGCUAGUCUUUAAAAAUAUCCAGACUUAAAGGGAACAUGAUGAAACAUGAGUCCAAGUCCAUGCCCGGUCUAGACUGAGUAAAAACUGUGGUGACUAAUGUGGUGAGAGUCCAAAUAAGAGCAAAGAAAUCAAGUCUGUUUUGAGACCAGACAUUCAGCACAAUUUAGCUGGCAAAAUUUCAUUUUUGGAGUCUUUUGAGAGCUACAGAUUCACUUGGUCAGUUAAUUUCACUGUCUAAUUAGAGGUUGUGGCUAUAAUCAGCAUAAAAUUGUACUUGUUUAGUAAUUCUGGCUUUUAAGCAUACCACAAGAGGGUAAACGGAAUAGGAAUAGGAAUUUACAGGAGUAAGAAUUUAUAUCCCCUGAAUUGACUCAAAAUGUGAUCAAGAAAGUAAAUACAAAUUUUAUUACUUCCACCAUGACACAACCAAAAUAAAAUAGACCCAAAAACAAUUUGUAAGAGUUAAAACAAUUUGCUUCAGUAUAAAUUAUAUAAAAGAAACAAAAAAUACAAUUAUAAUUUUAGAAUUGAUUAUAAAUAAAUAAAUAGAGACUAAUACAAAGAACAGAUACAAACCAAAGUAAAAUUAGCAGCAAACUGAAAACGAGUCCAACACAUUAGGAAACAAAACAUAUUGCUUCCAUACUGCAGCUCAACACAACACACAGCUGCUGUUUGCUUUAUACUCUGACACAAAUGAUCAUUCACCCAGCACUCAUAAUAUUCAAAGUGUCUCACUGGUACACCACUAGGGGGCAUGAUAGGACCACACUGAGCCAGAAGCUUGAAAAAUAUCACUAGUUUAUGGACACGUGUGUCUCAGUCCUCUGCGGCAAAGAAUGACUAAAACAUUUUUCACACUGGUAUGAAUUAUAUUGCUCAUUUCCAUGUGGAGAGCAUACGUGUGUGUUGUUUAUGAACCUGUUUGUGACACUGCACUGUCUUCACAAAAUAAAAGACUUGCCUACAAAUUGACCCAAGAGCCUCGGAUCUCUCGUACACUCCCAAAGUGCUGAGUGCCAGAAAGCGGAACGACGCAGAAAGUCCUUGAGCUGUUUUAAGAAGCGGAUGUGUUACCACACUGCGAGCCAGCUAGCUGAUAAGAGGCUGCUUUUGUUCUGGAAAACCAUCCACACAGCUCACCUUGCAUCCUCCAUGUCCCUGUCCCUGCAAUGGAGAUGAGAAAAUGUCUCUCAGAGGCUUCAGAUAAGCUAACCUUUCUCAGUCUUGCUUCAUUUUCCCUCCUGAUCUUUUCACUCUACUUUCUCUUUUUUCAUACUUUUUUCUAAAACCUUUUCUCGCACAUGGUCAGUACAAGGACUCUUAUAAAAUUGAUAGGAGGAGAAUGUGCAAUCCUUCGUUUUAACACAUACCACUGAGUCAUGGACACCUACACAUUCACAUUUUUCGUUAACUGCCAAAUCAUUUUUGUUUCCUCUCACACCUACUGCCAUAUUCAUAAAUUUGAAAGGACAACAUAUUCAGCAGCCAUUCAUACCCACAUGCUAAGGGAUUGGUCACUAAAUCAUAGAGAAAUGAGUGACUCAUUCUAUGUCUCCUACUCUGCUGCUGGCUGGAGAUUGUACUGUAUUUCUCUCUUUGUAGAGAUUAAAUUUUCCUGUAAUGAUAAGAACACACAACAGUUUUGACCUUGCUAGAAUAUUAGGCUUGUUCUCAAAAAAGUGCUUUCUCCAGAAAAUUGGGGAUUGUAGUUAAAGCUAUAGAUUAUUAUUAUUUAUUUUUUUGAUACUGAGGUUACAGUUAGGGUUAGGGGUAGACAAACCAUUAUUUAGCACUUUAAUGGUAACACAUAGGUCAAUGGAAAUAUUCAGGAGCCUCUGCACCAAAUGAACUGCAACAGAUCCUUACAGUGAUGAACAUAAUGUACAUGCAUAGCAGCCUGUGGCAUACCAAGCUGAGAAAGAAAUAGUGCCAACCAAAGCUGACUGCUGAUCACACAGUGAUCUUGCCUUAUGUUUCUGUGAAAAGCUGUACACAUCACAAAAACUAAACACUUACUGGCCACUUUUAUAGGAACACCUGUACACCUGUUCAUUCUAACAAUUAUCCAGUCAGCUAAUCAUCUAACAGCAUUGCCGUGCACAAAUACAUGCAGAUACAGGUCAAAAACUUCAGUUAAUGUUCACAUCAAACAUCAGUAUGGGGAAAAAUCUGAUCUCAGUGACUUUGACAAUGGCAUGGCUGUUGGUGCCAGAUGGGCUGGAUUGAGAAACUGCUACUUUCAGAAACUACUGAGCUCCUUAGAUUUUCAUGCAAAAGAGUCUCUUGAGUUUAUACAGAAUGGUGCAAAAAACAAAAUACAUCCAGUGAGUGGCAGUUCUACAAGCAGAAAUGCCUUGAUGAUUAGAGAGGUCAGAGGAGAAUAGCCAGACUGGUUUGAGCUGACAGGAAGGCUACAGUAACUCAAAUAACCGCUCUUUACACCUGUGGUGAGCAGAAAAGCAUCUCAGAAUGCACAACUUGUCAAACUUUGAGGCGGAUGGACUGCAACAGCAGAAGACCACAUAGGGUUCAACUCCUUUCAGCAAAGAACAAGGUUGUGAGACUACAAUUUGCAUAGGCUCACAGAAACUGGACAGCUGAGGAUCGAGAAAACAUCACCUGGCAAUCUUCAACUGUCCAGUUUUGGUGAGCCUAUGCCCACUGUAACCUCAGACUCCUCUUCUUAUACAGUAUAAAACUCAUUUAAGUUAUAUAAUUAGACCUUAAGGACUGUUGUACCUUAAAUGGGCACAUUAUGCUUAAAAAAUGACAUGGAAUUGAGCAUUCUAAUUCCAGUGACAAGCAAAGGUGAAGUUUACUACCUUCUUGGUCCCUUUUUUGCAAAAAUAUAUAGCUAGCUUUAGCAGAUGGGUUGGAAAGUUUGAGCACAUUAGCAGAUUUUUUUUACCCCCAUUUUCUCCCAGUUUGGUUGCUGCCAAUCUCUACCCACUAGUCCUUCUUUAUCACACAACAGCUUGCUCAUUGCCGACUAGUGCAUUAAACGCCACAAAGACUAUGGUUGAUAGUUGGGAUCUGAUGGUCGACAGUUGUCUUGGGGCAUCAGGGUUGUUAAAGUGGACUAAUGUCCUAAGUCCUCAAUCACAUAAUGCCACAUAACUGCUUUCUAUCUCCAGACAGAAGAUUAAUCAAGAGCCCAUUCACAGCUAUCCUGCUCAGAAAAUACUUUCCCUAUCUGUAAUAGGGAGUAUCGCACACAUACACAACCAACCCUGCACCCAAACUGUUCACCAAUUGCUGUGUGAAUAUCCCAAAUGUGUAAUUAUGUCAAUCUGGUACUUAUCACUUUCAUCAAUGCAUAACUCACUCUUGUUCACACACCCUCGCAGCAAGUUUGACAAGCAAAGUAGCACUUUGAUUUCUGUCAGUUAUCAUGGGACACUGUUGAAUGUUGUGAUUAAAAGGGGAAAGUGAUGAGAACAGGCCAUGCCGCAGACUGCGUGCUGAUUAGCUAUGCAUAAGUGCACUUAAGCAGACUGAUACAGGUCUGAUAUGGUGUGCUAAGGAUAAAAAAUGACCACACUGACAUGUUGGAGGUAAAGAUAGAUAACACACUCCUGCUCCGAGAAAUUAAAUCUGAUACGAUUGUGCUGUUCACCGGUAAAAAUAGCCCCCUGUCCCCUUUCAAAUGGAACAUCUUUUCUACAAAGCAAUGCAUCAUUUUUAAUUAACUUGCUGCUAUCAGCAAUCUCCGCUGUAAUAAAAAGUCAAUAUUCUCAAGUUAGAGUGGUCGUGGUGGUUGUGGGAGGUGGAUGUUCUUACUUUAACACAUUUUCUGAAAUCAUUAGACAGAUGGAGAAGUGUGGAGUAAAGUAAAUGUAAAUGUGGAAAGAAAGGAGAACUAAUAAUAAGGCUAAGAAGAAUAAGUGUUUCCCAAAAGGACAAAAAUCUACCUGCAUCACAACAGAAAAAUCAUUCAGUGCAACACAAUAUGAGAUGCAUUAUACUGAAAGAGUGAGAUAUUGCAAAGAAAAAUGAGAAGGGAAAUCCAUGUAGUUCAACUUUUAGUAUCCUUGCUGUUACAUUAUGUUUGACUACUUCAAUGCAAGUGUUGUGUUCAAAGUUCCUUUGAAUUAGCUUUUGAGGUUAACUGAAGUGAACGGACUUAAACGUGGUUCAACCAGGUAUGUGUUACUACAAGGCAGUCUGCUACCACCAGGUGGCAACCUUGUAAGCAGUACAAUCUCUCUUUUUUUUUUGUCCCAAAAUGUCAAUGGGAAAUCCAUUUUUAAAUACAUCAGAUUACACCUGAGUGUUUAUAUUUAAUCAUUUAUUCCACUAAUGUGCCAGUGUUUUGUGUCAUUUGCUUGAAUCCCACUGAAAAAUAUAGUCUUCAGAAUGACUUGCUGUGAUUUCCCUCUGAAGAUUGAAUGAUUUUCGAGACCCCAGUGAAGCAGCUCUAACAGCUCAACUUUGUCAGCUAUAAUUAUGCGGCGCUAACAGUCCUAACUGCAAGAGUGAGAGCUCCGCACAUGGGAGGAUAUGACAUGAGCCACACUUUCGGCUUUCCCAAGUUCACAGCCCAAACACAGCCGGUGUUGGGAUACAUACAGUGCAGUACCUGUAGGCUUUAUUAUCCUUUAUUUCAUGCACACACGUCACAUUGUUUAUGGAGGUGUGAUAGUUUGCUAUAAUGGGGGUUGACACUAUAAUAAUCUCAGGUAGUGGUUAGGCUUGGGUGUAAAUUACUAGUAGUUUUGUGAUUUCCUGUUAUGCUGGUUUAGGAGGUUAUAUUUCACUGUUUUUCUUUUGGUGCUAUAUUCUUCAAUAUUUUUUGUCUUUCAUACAGAAAUAAUGGUGCCCAUUAUUUAUUUAUUUUUAUCCUGUGUCUGGUUGGUUUAGUGCUUCCUGAAGCGUUGCUCGCUAAGGCUACUGUUUCCACGGCAUUGACUUGUCACUGUCCAUGGUGCUGAAGUUCAUACAAAGGACUGGGCUUAUGUCAUACAGGCUCUGAGCGUGUUAAGCACAGAAAUUCCAAGGACUGACUGUUCGCUCUCAGACAUUAUGAGAACAAAAUGAAUUCAUCCCACUGAGUUUGGGACAAAGUGUGAGAAUAGAACUUUGGCAGGGUUUAAUUGUGUAAUAAGCCCAGCCAGCCAUUUCUCUCUCUCUCCUUUGUCUUUCGCUUCCUCUCUCACUCUGAAUCCCAGCUGAGCUGCACCUGCCCACUGAACCGCCCCCCUCUUGCACCUCUUUUCUCCUAACAGAGAGAAGGAUAGAAUGAGACAGGGAGAGGAGGCUGGAUAAACAAGAAGAGAGUGCAGCCUUGCACAGCCUUGCAAUCUUCCACGAUAGAGGGGGAGGGAUAGAGAAAAGUGAAACAGAGAGAAUAAGGGAGAGAGAAGGAGGAGGGGGAGAAAAAAAAGCCAACCGGGCUCCACUGUUCUCUUUCUCUCCUUUUCUCGCUCUACUCCACUUAUUCGCCAGGUCUGGCUGGCACAGAAAUAGGCUGCGGUCCUCUACAGAAACUGGACGAGAGAUUAUCGUGAAGAGGGAAUGAAGAGAGAUAAGGAGGAUGAAAUUUGGCUUCAUACUUUGUCUCAUCACUUCUUGUGACUUCGUCCUUGCACACAUGUUUUCAAUACAGCCUACUUUUCUGAGGAGCUCCAUUUUUCCUCCACACUACUAUAUCUUUUUCUUUCAUCUACCACUGCUUUUUUGGUGACGUUUCACCUCAUGCUUCCUCCGAGAGGUGCUGUAGUCGCAACCAGUAGCAGCCAGUGUGCAUGUGUAACUGUGUGGGAGUGUGUGUCGUUUGGGGAGGGGGAGAAGCUCUGUGGAUGGAGUUAAACGCUGCAGCAAUGAUCUCGUCGUGUGUGUGCCACUAGCCACUCCGCUCGUCUCUUUCCCCUGGGCUUGAGGGAUGCAGCCUCCGCUCUAUGGCUUGCAGAUUGAGGCUUUAGAGUAUGCCAGUAAACUCCAGGAGUACUGGGAGAGCGCAGAUGAAGACUUCUCUCACUGUUCUUCCUUCAGAUCUACUGGAAUAUUGCCCUGGAUUCUCAUGUUUGCCCAGUUCUUUCUCCUGACGGAUUUCCACUUUUGUGCAGAAUGUAGAACUGCUCGUUCUACUUAAAUGCAUCAUUAUGACAGUCCCAGAUACUUGAAGAAUCUUCCAAUCAGGGUGGAUUUUAUUUUGUGUUGUUACCUUGGUGGUCUGUCGCUGAUGUUGUCCCAUUGCACGGUAAGAGUAAAAAGCAUGAGAGAGGACAUGAGUUGCCAGGUGUUCUGAGUGUUCCCCCCCUGCUUGUGCUCAGUAAUUGGACUGAGGAAGCAUGUGUGGAAAAGCAGCAUGUGUGGGGUCCGGUGUGGCUCCUCUUCGCCUGAGCUCCACUCUGCUCCCGCUAACGCUGUGUCUGAUCCUCUGGGAGCCUGUUCCAGCCUUCAGCUCAGCCACCGCUACGUCCGGGGGUCAGGGAAACCAUUAUCAAGCUCAGGACAUGCCUCAUCAGAGAUCCCACGCCUCCCUGCGCUCAGGCCACACGGGAACUACGUACAUAUUUGGGCGUGAUGGUGGGUUGAUUGUGUACACCUGGCCACCCAAUGACAGGCCAAGCACGAGGGCGGACCGUCUUGCAGUUGGCUUCAGCACGCAGCAGAAGGACGCAGUGCUGGUCAGAGUGGACAGCUCAUCUGGCCUCGGAGACUACUUGCAAUUGCAGAUAGACAAAGGCAAUAUCAGAGUGGUGUUCAAUGUGGGCACAGAUGACAUAAAUAUUGAAGAAACCUCAAAGUUUGUAAAUGAUGGAAAGUACCACAUAGUUCGCUUUACAAGGAGUGGUGGUAAUGCCACUUUGCAGGUGGAUGAUCUGCCAGUCAUUGAGCGAUACCCAACAGGCAACAUUGAUAACGAACGCCUGGCGAUUGCUAGACAGCGAAUCCCAUAUCGGCUCGGUCGAGUAGUUGACGAAUGGCUACUCGACAAAGGUCGGCAGCUCACCAUCUUCAACAGCCAGACUACCAUAAAGAUCGGUGGUGGUGAACGGGGCAGUCGGCCAUUUCAGGGCCAGUUGUCUGGCCUGUACUACAACGGCCUCAAAGUGCUGAACAUGGCUGCCGAGGGUGAACCCAACGUGCGCGUGGAGGGCAGCGCCCGUCUGGUUGGUGACUUGCCCUCCUCGUCCAUCACACCCCAGUCCAGUGCCUCUGCCUCGGGCAACCGCUCUGAAGCUUCGCCCUCAUUGACGGACAUCACCACCACCACGGCGUCCAACCGACAGGGCAAGCAGACCACAACACCACAGGACGAUCUGUUAGUAGCAUCAGCUGAAUGUCCCACUGAUGAUGAAGACAUUGACCCAUGUGACCCAACCUCAGGUGGGUUAGCGCACCCUCCCUUGCCGGAAGCGAAAGGUUACCCGAGCCCGGAGGUGAUCCGCGAGUCCAGCAGCACCACGGGCAUGGUGGUGGGCAUCGUAGCAGCCGCCGCCCUCUGCAUCCUCAUCCUCCUCUACGCCAUGUACAAAUACCGCAACCGUGACGAGGGCUCGUACCACGUGGACGAGAGCCGCAACUACAUCAGUAACUCAGCCACACAGCCCAACGGAGCUGCGGUCAAAGAAAAACCCAUCGGCGUGGCCAAGAUCUCUAGCAAGAACAAAAAGAACAAAGACAAAGAGUACUACGUCUGAUCCCACAGACUUUUUCCCCUCCCAGUUCCUGUGUUCAGAAGCACACAGGCGAAAGGGAGGAGACACCAACCCUGUGUAUAGUAAUUAAGAGGAAAAAAAGCACAGUCUUAGUUUUAACUGAGACACAGAUAUACUGUUACUAACAAUAAGAACAUAUACUUUAUACUCAAGCACACAUGAACUAUACAAAGCUAUGCGUGUGUACAAAAGGAAUUGAGUGAGAAUGACAGGAACCUUGAAAUUGAAAAUCAAUCCUCUGGACAGGGACAAGCCAGUACAACCCUGUAUGCUAGGGUGAAUCUCUUAAAGACAUGGCCACUGGUCAGAACUGAGGUCUUACUGUGUUUCAUAUUAUGUUGCCUGUGUAUGUGUUACUGGGACAUGCCCUCUACAUGCAGAAAAUCCAUAAACAUCUGGAAAAUUAAAAAGACAUUCACUAAAUGAGAGGAAAAAGAGACUUAUUACACUGAGAAGCUACCUACUGUAUGAUCGUUCAAUCAGCCAAAGUAUUCGCCCCCUCUUUUCUAAUGGCAGUGUUGGCCAUCUGGAGACAGAACCAAACUGAAGAUAAAGAUGAAGGAUCCAAACAUAAGUCAAUAUCAAGGAUGAAUACCUUGGGUCAAAGAGGACUAUGGAGGCCUUAUUAUGAAGCAAAGUGUAAAAUCGAUCGUUGUUUUUGUUUGUAUGUUUGUCAUGAUAAUGACAGCAGCGAUGCGGUGGUGAUGCUGAUGAUUAAGGUAAAGAACGGUGGGGUCGUUUGGCGAUAGUUUGAGAAAUACUCCAUGCACGUGAAGUAUCUUAUUACAUAUGUUUAUAUACGGUGCAAAGACUAUCUAUGUGUGCUCUCUGGACUGUGGCUGAAGUGGUGUUUUAUAGCCUGUUAUAUAGAUGAUGCCAACUACAGUAUACCUGCUCUUCAAACAUUUUCUAGUAAAAGCAACUGGGAAAAUGAUUAAAAACAGAAAAAAAUCUAAAUGUUAAUGUGUUGCUAUAGAGAUAGAACCGUUUCUGCCAUUAGCUAUGAACCUUUGGGCUCCUGUAUUUUUUUUUCUCCUUUAUGCGCACCUUCAAUGCCAGUAUUUUAUUUCUGCCACUACCUUUUGUUUUCGCAACUACUCCUCGUGUCAACAUACAAAAGACACAAACACCAGUUUCGUGUUUGGAAAAAAGCAAACCAUCGCAAAGUAAAAUGAUUGGAAUUGUUGAAGCAAUAUCAUUUUGCUAUUCUGACAUGGAUUUAUUAUGAGAUGACAUCAUGAUGUAAAAAAAUGACAGUGAACUGGAUCCCAAAAUAUUAUGUAUUGAAAUAUUUCAGCCAGAAGACACAAAUCUCAACAAGAACUAAAAAUGUAUUGUUUGUGAACACUCCUCUUUGCUAUAUUGUACUACACUGAAUGCACAAGAGGCACAAAAUACAUAAAAUUUCAGAAUAAAUGUUAGAUUUUUGUUUGUUUUUUAUUUGUGUUUUUAUUUGUGUACAAUUUUUCUAUGAUACCUUCUUUUGUUUUUAUUGUGACAAUUCUUUAACGACCUCAAAGUGAAGAUUUAUUAUGAAAAAAAUAGUUUUGAAAAAUCGAACAAAUAAAUAAAAUAUUAAUUAAGACUUAAA